AUGUCGUCUCGCGGCUCGCCCAUCCCUCGAGAGCUUGCCGACCCGCCCUCGAGCCCGUUCCAGCCCGUCCUCGCCCGCACCACCGCCGCUCGACGACCCGUCGUCCGCCGCCCAGCUCCGCCGCGCUCGACCACCACCCCGGACGGCCAGCCCACUCGCCCCAGCACACCUUUCGGCGAGAUCGGCAAGGAGAACGACGGCGACGACGACAAGUCGGACGUGCUGAGCCUGCUUUCGAGCCCGUCGGGUUGGGCAGCGGGAGGAGACGAGGUCGACGACGAGGCGGCGGCGUUCCUCCCUCGGGUGCGCGACCUGCGCCAGCGGCGGCCCGUCGUGCGCAAGAGGACAGUCGACGUCGGCGCGUCGGCAUCAAGUGCAGCCAAGUCGACCAACGCGCCGACGAGCGAGGAGCAGGAGCCGCCAGCCAGGGUCGCGGCAGCUGCUGCGCCCGCCGGCGGGCCAGGCGAGACCAAGGCGACAGUCCGCGUCGACUGGUAG